AAGGUGAUCUCACACCCAACCUGCCCCCGUCGUGCAUCUCAUCAUAUAGCUUUGCGCUGGCCGCUGCAGACGCGCCGGUCUGAGCAUCUCGUGGCUCCGACUUGCCUUUUGCGCCAUCCAUCGAUCUGCCCAGCUACUGUCACUGCUAUUGAUCCUCCGCGUCGCUGUCGUGUGAAUAAGCAUCGCCUUCGCCUUCGCCCUCGCCGCCCUCUCGGAGUCUGCUCGCCUGUGCGCAGGAGCCCUUCGGCACCCGCCUCACCUUACGUACCACAUUUGGUGCGCGCCAGCUAGCGCAGAUCCACUCAAAAACUACCGGGCACCCGCCUUCGGGCAGUGAAGUCAAGCUGGCUUCCACUACUCCCUCCUCGAGCACUCCUCCUCCGCCCCUGCAGUCCAGUCCAGGGCAGUCUCCCAGCGUCGACAGUGUCAACACACCGCGGUCCGCCACCGUCUCCUACCCGCGCCCCGCCUCCACCAAGCGCUCCCGCGAAGACGAGCCAUUCUUCCGCUGGCACCAGAACGCUGCUGGAGGCCACGCGAUCGUUGACGACUUCACCUCCGACGAUAUCCUGUUCUCGCAGGACGACGACGACUACGAAGCCAACGUUCCGCUUUUCCCCGCGGCAUCGCCACUCCCACAGAUCAGCGUCGGCGCAAUGCCUGCACCGACGCCCGCAAUCGAUAUCGCUACGAGCCGGCAAUCCUCGGGCUCGCCGCGCACCCAGCAAUCGAACUUGACCACCCAGAUUCAACAGUCAAAUUCCCAGGAACGCUCAGGAAGCAGCAUGGCUGCGCCAGCGUUGCCCGAUCAUGCGCACGAUUUGAAGCCUCGGCAAGAGUCUGUGAGCAUGCUGGGCACCACUCCAUACGGUGCCCGACAAAUCCCCAUGGCCGGACGUCUGGACAGGCGGGAGAGCGCAUACAAUUUGUCUAAUAGCCUGGUAGGCGGCAUGAGCUGGGGUGGAAUCUCCAUGGGCAGCUUUAUUAAAGACGACGUCCUAAUGGCCGGAACAUCGCCGUAUGGGGGAAUGAAGUCACCGUCAUUCCACUCCUCGUCGUAUCUUCCUAAGAUGGAGGCAAAUUACAUGCGAGACUAUGUCUGCUGCGAUAUCCACCUCGAUUCGAUGCACGAGCUCCUGCAGCACUAUGAAGAGGCACACGCAGCCCAACCGACUCAGACAAUGGGACGAACACCCAAAGAUCAGCAAUACCCGAGCAGCAGAGCUGCCAACGCCACCAGCACCGCCCAGGCUGUUCAGCAGCAAGCUCAGAGCCAAAAUGGUGGCAUGAACCACCAACAAUCCAUGUAUCAACAACCACCCCCCAUGCCAAUCGCAUCUCCAAUGUUCGUUGGCCAAAAUCAAGAUCACAUUGGCACGUUCGAUAACCUCGACGACAUGGACAUGGACGACGGAACCCCAGCACCGCAAAUUCAACAGCCACAAUAUCAGCCCCAGCCUCAGUUCGGUCGACAGCAACCUCGAGGACCAUCUGUCAAUGUAAAUCUUGCGAAUGCAUUCCAAGGUCAAGGUCUCAACACAGCAACCCCUACGACUCCACACGCACCGCAGCAGAAUAUGGGCUUCCCUCACAAUCCGACGGUAUCAUCGGUAAAUACCCCAAGCCUGACCACACAAACCAGUGCUCAACAGACCGCUACUCCUGAUCCCUCGCAGCCAAGCACUCCAGCGGAGCUUGAUCCCGAUUUCCUCGCUUCCAUGGGAAAUCUUAACAGCUUCGACAUGAACGGCCUCAACGCUGGCAAUCUCGAUUUCAAUGGCUUCAACAUGGGCAACAUGAACAAUGGUGGGUCAGCAACUAUCGAUAAUCCCGAGAAACGGUUGCUGAGCAAACAAGGCUAUGGCAACAAGGCCUUCACUCCCAACCCGGCAUUUACGAACGCGCAGAACAGCGAGCUCGCUAAACGCGUGCGUGAGAGCCAACUACUCAACGGACUGGCUGGCGUUGGAGGCUUCGUGGGCGAGGAAAUCAAGCCUUUCAAGUGCCCGGUCAUUGGAUGCGAGAAGGCGUACAAGAACCAGAACGGUCUGAAGUACCACAAACAGCAUGGCCACCAAAAUCAGCAGCUCAAAGAAAAUCCGGAUGGCACGUUUUCCAUUGUGGACCCCGCCACGUCAAUACCAUACCCUGGUACGGUCGGCAUGGAAAAGGAGAAGCCGUACCGUUGCGAAGUGUGUGGCAAACGCUAUAAGAACCUGAACGGGCUGAAAUACCAUCGCCAACAUAGCCCGCCUUGCAAUCCGGACCUCAAGCUUGCCACACCGGUUGGCAUGCAAAAUUUGAACGCCAAUGUCGCCGGCGCAGGUCUACCAGGCAUGGGCGAGGGUAUGGGCUACUGAGAGUCACGCACUGCACAAUAAGCGGCUUAGCUCCGCGGCUCGCUUGCGGUAUCGGCGCGGACUCCACACUGCAUCUUUCACCGCCCACUGAAAAACAUCCCGCAUUAUUCGACGCAUAAUUCCUGGCACGGAUGCACGACAGCUGCAGCUAUGCUAUACCUUUGGCACCCAGGGUCUGAUCGGCGGCGGCGUUUGUCUGUGUGGGGUUUCGGGUGCACACAUAUACACACCCUUUCACGUUUCUUUUCAUGUUGGCAUACAGAGUAUCGUUUCAGCAAGGCGUUCAGGAGCAUUUGGGAUGAUUCUCCCCGGGACAGCGGUUAUUUCGGGAGAGAUACCUGGCUUCGCAAGUCACAUCUUGCUAUGCCCCCCCCCCCUUUUAUUUUGAGCAAUUGGCCGCGUUCGGUUUUCGAUGGAGGGACAGAGAGAGAAGUGUACUGCAAAAGUACAAUGUUCGCACGUUUUUGUUAUUACUUUGCUUUCAUGGUUGCACGAUGGCAAUGUUCGACGGCAAAAAAGGAUUCACUUCAAAAGUUGUUCAGCGCAAGUUAUGGGCGGACAUGGGGAAAGAAUUGGUAGAUUGGUUGGCAAUAGACAACGACACUCUGGCGCGAGUUAGUUCAAUAGAGAGCGCAAUGCACAUGUUGCUUGGAUGCGC